AUGGACAUCGAUAGCAAACUGGACGUUCCCCGCCAGGAGGUCGUCGACAGUGCGUCGUCGUCUGUUGUGAACGAGAAGACCGUCGACGAUGCGCUCGUGUUCUUGCGGCAGCAUCAGGAUGUCGAGACGUCCGGCGCGCAGGUCCCGGCGUAUGUGCGGCGGCUGAGGAGGAAGGUGGAUUUGUAUGUCAUUUCGUUUUUGACGGUUUGUUAUACGUUGAAUUUUUUGGAUAAGGUGCUGUAUAAUUAUGCCAAUGUUAUGGGCAUCAGCAGGUCGCUUCACCUGACUGGGAAUGACUUCUCGAAUGCGGCGUCGGCGUUCUAUAUCGCUGAUACGGUUGCUGGGGUACCGAAUACGUUUCUGCUGCAGCUUCUGCCUACUGGCAAGUGGCUAUCGAUCUGCUUGCUUUGCUGGGGCAUCAGCACUUCCUGCCAUGCGGCGCUUCAGAACUACGGUGGCUUGUUGACCGUGCGGGUUCUCUCUGGGCUGUUCGAGAGUUGUGUGCCGUCGGCAUUGAUGUUGCUGAGCAGCCAGUACUUCACGAGGCGCGAGCAAGCCACAAGAUUCUCAGUCUGGUACUGCGGUCUCGGUUUCGGCCAGAUCCUCGGCGGCCUGAUCUCGUUCGCUUUCCAGUAUGUCACAGGCUCCUUCGAAGGCUGGCGCAUCAUGUUCCUCGCAGUCGGCCUCUUCACCGUACUUUUCAGCAUCGCGGUGUUCUUUCUCGUUCCAGACACACCCAUGAAAGCCUGGUUUCUCACCGAUGAAGAAAAGGUGAUACUUCUGCAACAUGUCAAAGCCAACCAAACCGGCAUCGAGAACGCUCGUUUCCAGCCAAAGCAGCUCUGGGAGGGAGUGACAGAUUUUCAGAUCUGGGCCAUCGGUGCCACGCUCCUCCUCCAAGGCACAGGCGGCGGCGUCGUAACGACGUACUCCAGCACCCUCGUCGCGAGUUUCGGCUUCACGCCUAAGAUAUCCGCUCUCCUGCUCAUGCCUUCCGGACUCGUCAGUAUCGCGGCUGCGCUGGUGGCAGGAAUCGGUUCUAGAUACUACGGACACCGCUGGGCGUUUUCGUUGUUCGUGGCGGCAGUUGGAAUCGCUGGGGCGGCGAUGCUGGCGUACAUACCGCAUGGGAACCGUGCCGGUCUGCUGGCGAGUAUCUACCUCGUGAAUUCAUUGACAGGUGCUGGACCAACGGAGUAUCAAUGGGUGCUUGGAAACACGGCCGGGCACAACAAGAGGGCGUUCUUUAGCGCCAUGUUGAAUAGUGCUUUCUCGAUUGGGAAUCUUGUCGGUCCUCAGACGUUCAAAGCCAGCGAAAGGCCCACCUACCAAACCGCCAGGGUCUCGCUCGUGGGGACAUGGUCAGCCAGCGCCGGCGGUAUCUUGAUCCUGGUUGUCUACUACGUCCUCGUCAAUCGACACAGAAGUCGCAAGGCCGGUCCCGAAGCCGAGACGAACGACACGAGCGAUGUCGAAGAUAGCAAAGCGUUUGCGGGUUUGACGGAUAAGCAGAAUCCUGCAUUUAGAUAUCAGUAUUAG